AUGAAUUCGGCCGAACAGACGGUAACGUGGCUCAUCACGCUGGGAGUCCUGGAGUCUCCCAAGAAAAGCAUCUCGGACCCAGAGGCUUUCCUCCAGGCGUCUCUGCAGGAUGGAGCGGUGCUGUGCAGGCUGCUGGAGCGACUCAGACCCGGCACGGUGGACAAAUUUUUCCAGGAGCCGAGGAGCGACAGCGAGUGUCAGAGGAACAUUGCCGAGUUUCUUAAAGGCUGCGGGGCUUUCGGUGUGGAGCCCUUUGAGGUCAAUGACCUCCUGCAGGGACUGAACUUCUCCAAGGUCCUAAACUCCUUGGUUAACCUUAACAAAGCUACUGAAGGUGUUUCUGGAGACAGUGUGUGUGUGCCGCACUCCUCGACAUUGAGGAUCAAGUCUUUUGAUUCUCUGAACACUCAGAGUCGCUCCUCUAAACUGCUGCAGCCUCAGUACCGCAGCCUGGACAUGUCGGAGGGCAGUGGGUGUGGCCAGUUGCUGGUCAGGGCGCGCUUUGCCUUCCAGCAGACCAAUGAGGACGAACUCUCUUUCUCCAAGGGUGACAUCAUCAGCGUGAGCAGGCAGGAGGAGGGGGGCUGGUGGGAAGGCUCGUUCAACGGCAAGACUGGGUGGUUCCCCAGUAACUAUGUACGGGAGCUGAAAGGAAGCGAUAAGACAUCAUCAGACAAGCCAAAGUCUGGGACUUUAAAAAGUCCACCCAAAGGUUUUGACAACACUAUCAUCAGCAAGACCUACUACAACGUGGUCCUACAGAACAUCCUGGAAGCAGAGAGUGAAUAUUCAAGGGAGCUACAGAGUCUUCUGGGCUCAUACCUGCGCUCACUUUAUCCCACAGACAGACUCAGCACUGUGGACAUCAGUCAUAUUCAAGGAAAUCUGGAGGAGAUCUCAACCUUCCAGCAGAUAUUGGUUCAGUCCUUAGAAGAGCAUACAAAACUCCCAGAGAGCCAGCAGAGGAUUGGGGGGUUCUUCCUGAGUCUGAUGCCCCAAAUGAAGAUCAUCUAUGUGGCCUACUGCUCCAACCACCCGUUUGCUGUCAAUGUACUCACACAACACAGUGAGGAGCUGGGGGAGUACAUGGAGUCUAAGGGGGCAUCCACACCAGGGAUCCUCACUCUGACUACUAGUUUGAGUAAACCCUUCACUAGACUGGAGAGGUACCCAACUCUGCUGAAAGAACUGGACAGACACAUGGAGGACCAACACCCUGACAGAGCUGAUCUUCAUGCUUCCAUGGCGGCCUUCAAAAACCUUGGAGCUCAGUGUCAGGAAGUGAGGAAGAAGAAGGAGCUGGAGUUGCAGAUUUUAACAGAGCCAAUCAGAAACUGGGAGGGGGAUGACAUUAGAACCCUCGGCCCUGUUCUGCACAUGUCCCAGGCCGCAGUCCACACACAGAACUGUCAGGAGUCAAAUGAACGCUACCUCGUCCUCUUCCCUCAUACGCUGCUCAUGCUGUCUGCCAGCCUGAGAAUGAGUGGAUUCAUCUAUCAGGGGAGGAUGCCACUAUCAGGAAUGCUCAUCUCCAGAAUAGAAGAUGGAGAAAACCUAAGGAAUGCGUUCGAAAUAUCUGGUGGCCAGUGUGAGCGGAUACAGGUGGCGUGUAACAGUCAGCACGAUCUACAGGAGUGGCUAGACCUUCUCACCAAACACACACACACUCCGGCCGCACACACACACUCGCACAAGCCUCAGUCUGUCUGUCACACAUUGCCCUCUCACCCCGUCACUCCUACCAGACACUCUGAGUCACGUGGAGGGAGCAUUGGACACACCUACCACACCCUUCCCCACCCCUCCUCAUAUGGGACGGCACACAGUGGCAGCCCAAUGUGGGGGCCCCUGGAGCCACCGAGUACGCCCAAACCCUGGAGCCUGAGCUGCCUUCGCCCUGCGCCUCCGCUCCGGCCCUCUGCCGCUCUAUGCUACAAGGAGGAUAUGAGUAAAAGUCCUAAGAACAUGAAGAAGCUGCUCCCUAAGAGGAAGCCAGAGAGGAAGCCGUCAGAAGAGGACUUCACCGUCAGAAAGAGUACAGCCGCUCUAGAGGAGGAUGCUCAGAUACUGAAAGUGAUUGAGGCCUACUGUACCAGUGCCAAGACACGACAGACUCUCAACUCCACCUGGCAAGGGACUGACCUCAUGCACAACCAUGUACUUGCUGACACCAGCCUCACCAUCGCUGGUUUCCCUGGCAACCUGCCAUGUUCUGACCAGUCAGAGGACUCGGAUUAUGACAGUAUCUGGACCGCCCAUAGUUACAGGACUGCCUCGUUUUCUCGCUCCAGCAGGAAGGAUGUUCACAUGUUGUUCCCAGAGGAGGAGAAGAUUAUAGUAGAGGAAACCAGGAGCAAUGGACAAACUGUGGUGGAGGAGAGGAGCCUGGUGGACACUGUGUACAGUCUCAAGGAUGAGGUCCAGGAACUCAAACAGGACAACAAGAGGAUGAAGAGGACGCUGGAGGAGGAGCAGCGAGCAAGGAAGGAGCUGGAAAGGAUCAUCAGGAGAGUUCUGAAGAACAUGAACGACCCAACCUGGGAUGAGACUAACCUCUGAGAUCCAUAUGUGUCUGAACAUCAUGGACUAGACCAGUUUUUGACUUUUAAACGACCAAAUGACCUAUGAAAUGUUCAACCUGUGUGGACAGAACCUGCCAACACUAAAUCACAUUAUUCACCAUGCCCUCACCCUUUUCACUUGCUUUGACUUCACAGUUACCGGUGUAAAAAACUUUGGACCAAGAGAAAAUGCCUGCCAGCCAUCAGCAAAGCCAUCCCAUCCCAAGCUGUGAAGCAAAAUUAGCUGGUAGGCAUGACAACAUUGCUUCUUGUCAUGCUCCUUUACUUUUUCUGUGAGCCUUUGGAGCACUGACAAAAGAAUCCCCUUUUCUCAUUUACUUGUGUAUUUAUCUUUCAUCCCUCCUUGUGCUUAUUUGCUCUAAGUAUAACAUUUCACCAUUGCCAGGACAGUAUUUUAUUGACUGGCCUGGAGCAUGAAUAAGAAAGCUAAGUGGGUUUAUAUAUUUCAGAGAAAUAUCAGAGCAGUAUGUGAUUAAAAUCCCUAUCGAAACUUGAAAUAGAUAAUUUUUUUCCACAAUCUUCAUUUCAUUAACAUAAAUUUUGCCUCAAUUUCAAAUGUUAAACAACCUUAUUAUUAUGAAAAAUGUCUUUUAAAAUUAUAAUUGAUAUGUUAUUGAUAAACAGACUCUACAAACUGUAAAGUUGGUUUAUUUGUUAUAUCAAAUACAUUUUAAACUGAACCUAAAUUUACCAGCACUAAGUGACCUCAUGUGUAUUACAGGAUGAGAUGAAAGUUCUCAGUCUGAUUUGAAUUAAUGUAAUUAACUGAAUUGUAGAAGAUAGUGUGUGAGCUUAUCAAAUUGAAAACAACACAUCUUGUUAUUGUCUAAGGGAACCUGGACGGAGAGUUUCUCAGGAAUUAACCAUCAGGGAGUUUCAGCUUCAGCCUAACAUCCAUUGCAAAUUUCACGUUCAAAGCAAUAUUUAAAGGUAAAAGAAACUUGGCUUAAGUUGCUGUGGCAGUAGGCAUGACAUGGAACACAUUGUAAAGGUAUCAGAGGAAUCUCACGACCAUAUGUCUCAGCCAAAUGAGCUCUAAGAACCUGAGGUGAAAACACUACAGAGCAGCUUCACCAAGUUCUGGUCUGUGCUGAACACGUAACUGUGACAGGCUUAUGAAUCAUAUAAACCAAAACCUUCAGCAACCCCAUGAAUGACAGAACAAGUUCUUUAUUUCACUGUGUGUGACUUUGAGGCAGAGAGAGAGAGGGACAAGUUUAUAAGGCCAACAAACUGUUUGUUAUACAUCUGCCCAAAACUGCACUAAAGUAUAUGUAAGUAACAAAUAGAGCAUCGCUGCCAAUUCGCAGUUAAUUUGGAAAAACUAUGCAGAAUCUUGUCUACCAGCAGUAUGUUUUGUAUCCCUCCCAAAUAUCCUUUUUCUUUAUCACUAGGAAUACCUUUGUCACAAAAGUUGAGCCAUCACCUUUCAUCUUUUAUUAGACUAUUAGCUGUUGAUCACACAUCGAAGGUGGGGGCCUGGAAAGUGCAGCGUUCAAUAUUUGUAACCUUAUUUACAUUGUCAAAAAACUGGCAAACUGUUUUGAAGAGGAGCGUCUGAACCAGGAAAUAUAUUAAUAAAAUUUAAGUUAAGAAACAACAACCUGGGAGCAAUUAACAAUGAUGACAUUUCAAAGAGCUGAUGGGAAGACCACAAAUACAACUACUGCCUACUUAGUUACAAAUUAAGGAUUUUCCUGUAUCUAUAAGAUAAACUAAAUCUGUGGACCUAGUGUCACCACCACCUUGUAGCAGUGCAUAAUACAACAUAUGCAUACUGUAAUGUAAAAGUAAUAAAAAAUCUUAAUAUAACUGCCCAGAAUGUAGGAAAAAUUUAACUGCUGCUCACUUUAAUAAAUCAGCAACAACAUGAAAUACACGGCAAAAAAAACUUGCCUGAUUGCCAUCAGGUAACAAUAGCAACACUAAGUAGCAUUUUGAGUUUAUAUCACAUUUUUAAUAUGGUAUGGAUAGUUGUACUUUUAGUAGCUGCAAGAGAGUCAGAGGCAAGCAGAUUGGUUAAACAGAGCAUUUUAACUGAACUGAACUGAUACUGAGGCAUUGAAUUUCAUAGGAAGAGACCAAUGUGUCAGAGGAAAGAUGUAGAUACCAUCACAGUCUUUAGUCUUUAGGAGCUAAACCAAAUUUCCACAGUGAGUCAACUUGCUGCUUUUUCUGUUUCAAGACCAAAGUCCAAGCAAUACAACACUGGAAAAUGCUAAUGUUUUUUUUUUUUUAAUGAUUUUUACAAUGUCGAUAUGCAACUUACUGUGGAAUGAUUUCUUAUUUUUAUAUUUGUGAUUGUGUUUUUACUCUUAACAGCUGGUUUUGAUUUGUGACACUUCUUAUUUUCUACUUGACCUGGCUGAUCACACUAAAGAUGACUCGUAGAGAAAAGCAGCAUGUUUCUCAUGAGGGUCAGUAGACGUAGUGCCAUGGGGGGAAUAUAAUUCUUUUGCUAAAGCUUUUGGCUUAAAGAUGUCACCUACAAAUUAACUUUGCUGAAAUUAUAACUACACUAAUGUAAGCUAUUUAAUACAGGAUGUCAAUUAUUGACUCUAAAUUAUGUAUUUAACUGAAGUGACAGAUGUAAAUGUAUUGUGUGUUCAAAUGUUACGGUGAUGAAGAUAAUAACAGUUGUUGCUGUGACAAGAAUCAUCCCUCUUCUAUUUAUUUCACCCAUU